CGCAACAAGCCAGCAGAUAAUAUCAAGGCAGUAAACACGAUGGAUGCAGCAAAGAUGGCUACCACCUCUAUGGUUGAAAAGUUUCGUGAAAUUCAACUACUUCCCGAAAUUUCGGUUAAUCUAGUCAUAGGAAUUAUAUUUAUAACCGCGGUCAUCUCGUUCAUCUGUUGCAUCAAGACAUUUAGAAAGAAAGUUAAAGUCCCAAAUGAAGUUUCCGUCAACCAAGAGCCGAGAUUUCGCAAACGUGAUAAGAUGAUAUUUUACGGCAAAAAAUAUCUACGCAAGGUUAAACAGCUCUCUCAGCCACAAGAUGGUGGAUAUAGAAGGACUAUUAGAAAAAAACAGAAAGUCAUGUUUAACUUUGGAAAGGAGCUUUUGAGGUUCGAUAAUAAUGAGCCUGGAAGGCAACUGAAACAGCCACCGGCUGCAUUCCUGGAGGCUGACCUGGCUGAGGUUGAUAUCAAUGAACCUCGUCUCCCUCCAGAGGUUGUAUACAUGCUGAAGAGUGUAAGGGUAUUUGGUCAUUUUGAGAAGCCCCUUUUCUUUGAGCUGUGCAAAUAUAUCCAGACUAAAUUUGUUCCAGCCAAUGCUCUCCUAUUUAGACCAGGACAGCAUGAUGAUAGCAUAUACGUAGUCCAGAGUGGAAAACUCUCUGUCUCUAUAAUUGAGAAGGAUGGCACAGAGGUGUGCAUGAAGGAAGUUCUCACAGGAGAGAGCAUCUACAGCGUGCUCACUAUACUGAACGUUCUUACGGGUUACCACAUGGCUCUUCCCCAAAUAUGCUGUCGGGCAGUUGUGGACACUCACGUUCUCAGGUUGCCAGGCAAAGCUUUCCAAACAGUAUUUGAACAGCAUCCAGACUCUUUGGUCAGAGUUGUGCAGAUUAUUAUGCUACGUCUUCAGCAAGUUACAUUCAUGGCGCUACACAACUUCCUGGGACUUAGCUACGAGCUCAUCGCGAGUAGCCCGGCGUCGCGUCGGAGGCCGUCAAUUUAUGGCAUCACAUCUAGUCCAGUAAAAGGAAAGAAGACAGAAACUUCUGCAGGGAAAGAGAAUCAAACGAAGACGACAAAGAAGAUUCCUCUAGAAGUUGACUCUGGUGCGAGUAGCGGUGCAAGCACUAAGACAACAACGCCUGAUUCAGCCGUCGGUAUUCCUAAGGAGAAAGAAAAUAAAGAGCCACGGGGAAUCUUGGGUAAGGAAAACAGUAAGCCAAUCCCAGUGAAGAAAGUGCCGUUACACAGAAGUGUUAGCUUCACGGAACCUGAGCACGAGCGAAAAGUUGACAAACAAAUUGGACGCUGUAAGUCAGCAGCCACCCUGGAAACCAUGUUGGGUUUUGGAAGCGAUUCAGACCGCUCUGAUUUUGACGCAGCCCUUGGCCGAGUGCGCUUAACCGGAUUUCCAGAGUCACCUAGCCGCACAACCAUUUUUGACCUUGAGGCCAGCGACACAGAAGGCAGCCCCCCUUCCUCCCUGGAGGGUCGGUUUGACUUCCCUGCACCUCCAGUGACUGAGGACCUGUCCAAACAGUUUCUUACCAUGGACCCUGCAGAAGAAGACAAAAUGAUGAAGACAGCGGCAAGCGAGAUUGCUAAGAGUCUUGACUUACCGGAUUCCUCACUGCUAGAAGGACUUCUCUCAGUUGCAUGUAUUCCUUCCGGAACAGUCCUUAUCAAGCAAGGAGACGCGGACUGUAGUCUGUAUUUUGUGGUGACCAACUCCUUGGAAGUAACGCAGAAAAGUCUCAGCGGCGACCAAGAGUACCACCUGUACACAGCCCACCCCGGUGAGUUUGUUGGCGUGUUGGCAGUUGUUACGGGAGAACCUUCCUUCUUUACUGUCAAGGCAACCGACCGAUGUCACGUGGUUAUCAUAAGCAAGGCCAACUUUUACAACGUUAUUCGUCACAAGCCUAGAGUCAUUUUGAACGUGGCUCAUUCCCUUAUUAGUCAUCUUUCUCCUUUCCUGAGACAAAUCGACUACGCUUUGGACUGGAUGCAUGUAGAAGCCGGUAGAGCAGUGUACAGGCAAGGCGAACAAUCGAACUGUAUUUACAUUGUGUUAAAUGGCCGCCUUCGUUCAGUAGUGACAUCAAGCAAUGGCAAGAAAGAACUCGAUCGCGAGGCUGGCCGCGGAGAACUGGUGGGAGUGGUUGAGGUGCUUACACAAGCUCCGAGGGCGACAACAGUUCACGCUAUUCGGGACACUGAGCUAGCAGUUCUUCCCGAUGGGUUGUUAAACACAAUCAAGAGACAUUUCCCUCAGGUAGUUACUCGUCUGAUUCAUUUGCUCGGUGAACGGCUGCUGGGACAGUACAGGCGAAGUUACGCAAGAAGCGAAACAUUGCUAGACAAUCAUCUCCCGGUUGAUAAUCAGAUAUUCGGAGGCUCAAAUCUCGGCACAGUAGCCAUCAUCCCUGCGUCAGAGGAUGUCCCAGUCUCAAACUUCUCAUUUGAACUCAGCUUAGCUCUUCAUGCUAUCGGUCCCACCCUAUUGCUGACCAGUUCGUUGGUCCGAAGCAGGCUUGGUAGCUCAGCCAUGGACAGCAUGAAUGAGUACCGUUUGUCCAGCUGGCUUGGACAACAGGAGGAUCUUCAUCGUAUCGUGUUGUAUCAAGCUGACACGUUAAUGUCUGCCUGGACCAAACGCUGUAUAAGACAGGUUCGAUGCGCUAAGAAAAUCUUUGGACGACGCCCCUUGUCUGAAAAGUACGCACAAAAUCCUGCAGCGUACCCAUUACCAGAAAGAAAUUCUGAUUUUUCACGACUCGCACGAAGGCUAACAGGGACGUCCAUUGGAUUAAUUCUUGGAGGAGGCGGAGCCAGGGGAUUAUCUCAUGUUGGAGUCAUCAAAGCCCUAGAGGAAGCAGGUAUACCUAUAGACAUGGUAGGUGGCACCAGUAUGGGAUCCUUUGUUGGUGCAACGUACGCCGACACUGCUGAUGUCAAUAGAAUGUGUCAAAAGGUCCGCGAGUGGUCAAUAGACAUGACGUCCCUAUUCAAGAAGAUCCUGGAUCUAACGUAUCCAUUCACCUCCAUGUUUUCUGGAAGUGGAUUCAACGCGAGCAUAAGAAGUACUUUUGGAGAACGCCAAAUAGAGGAUCUCUUAUUGCCUUACUUUUGCAUCACAACUGACAUAACGUCUUCUAGAAUGAGGGUACAUACCGAUGGCUGUUUAUGGCGUUAUGUCCGUGCUAGUAUGUCUCUGUCGGGUUAUCUACCACCACUUUGUGAUCCCAAAGACGGACAUCUGUUAUUGGACGGUGGAUAUGUCAAUAAUUUACCUGCGGAUGUAAUGAAGACAAUGGGCGCACAGACGAUCAUAGCGAUUGAUGUAGGAUCGGAAGAUCCCGAUGAUCUUACGAAUUAUGGCGAUCAAUUGUCGGGCUGGUGGCUUCUUUGGAACAAAUGGAAUCCUUUUGCUGAAACCGUCAAGAUUCCAGACAUGGCCGAAAUCCAAUCCCGUCUGGCCUAUAUAUCUUGUGUUAGACAAUUAGCGGAAGUAAAGGAGAGCAGCUACUGCGAAUACAUAAGACCGCCAAUCGACAGGUUUAAGACUUUGGAGUUCGGCCGUUUCGAUGAGAUAGUGGAUGUGGGAUACCAUCACGGUAAGACUGUUUUCAAAGGCUGGGUGAAAGGAAACAAAUUACCCGACAUCUUUAGGGAACAUCCAUCUAGGAGUCACAUGACCCAUGCGUAUGCUACCGGACAACCUGUGGGAAAGGUGUCAGAGCAUAGUACUUUCACUAACUUGGCUGAGCAUAUAUCCCGCAUUGAACCACCCUACACUCACGAGUGGUUACCAUUCUCCUCCUCGGAUGAACUGAUAGGAUCCAGUUCCACACCUGGCCACCAUAUGUACUCGGCCUCUGAGGAAGACGACGAGUACGAUGAACAAGAAGAAAACCUUGUUCGUGUCAGGCCAAGAACAGGUUCUCUGUCAGAACACGAAGAUUUAAUGGCUCUUAAGGCGCAAGCUCAAGCUGUUGUUCGGCACGAAGAGGCUGGAUACGAUUCGGACGACACACAUCUGAGAAGAAGAUUGGGCUUGCAUCAUCAACCGAACAGUGAACCGUAAAGCCCUUGUAUUUACUCUGUAGAUGGUAGUCAUGAAAACGCCAACGCAGCCCUCUUAAACAAAGGGAAAGCACCUGGGAUGUGUGCUGUAUUUGUAUGACAAGUGUGUUGUCGGAAUGAAAUUCGAAUUGUUUGUAGCGUGAGUCCGUUGAAAAAUGUAACGCUUGUAAUAGGAGUAACAAAGCUAACACGAGCGAUAAUCAGGUCCCGAAGAUCCGCACGACCAAUAAUGGGGUCUCUUCCUUCAGUUAAAUCACCAAUAAUCGAUUAUUGCAAUCUGAUUAUUUACUGGUAAAUCAUUUAUUAGAUGGAGAAAGAAUUGGUUAAAAGUAAAUUCAAAUUAUGUACUAUAAAAUGACCUCUGUAAAGUGCAUAAAUUGUGUGAGGAAGAUGAACCGUUGAAAUGGAAAGCAUAGCACUGAGGUUGGCAGAGUUAAUUGAUCUCUUGAAGUUUCGGUGUGCUUGUGAACUCCAAGUUAAGGAGAUAUGCGUUUAAUUAAUUUGGUCCCUUUGUACUCGAGGGAAUUAAGCUCCUAACAUUGGAAACUUGUGAGGUAAUAAUCAGGAGAAAUAGAUAAUCAGGAGAAAAAACUUUUCAGUGUUUGCACAACAGUCAUUGAUUUAUUUGAUAUUCAAAUAAUACCUUUUUCGGAAAAUCACAUGGCAUUACCUCGAGAGAGUCUUCGUCGCAGCUGUUAUAUUUAAGUGAUAUGUUAAGUACAGUCAACCUUUAAAGUAUCAGUUGCAGGAAUAGAAAUAGCCUUAACGAUGCUACAUACAGCAAUAAUAGAGCCGUUCUCUCCAAAAGUGCUUUCUUUUUCUUUUUCCUUUUUUUUUUUCUUUUAUUUUAAUUUAUCUUAUGAAAGGCUUGACUGUUGGAAUAGUCAGUAAUGAAUUUAUUCAGUAACGUACUCACUGACAGUUGAAACCUGACUCUUCACCUGUCGAUCUCAGGACGUGGGUGCCGCAGUAGAGUGCUGAGUGAGGGGAAGGGGUCCUUGUCUCUUUACACUUUCACCUACCCGUCGCUGCCUGUCCUGGCCGUUUUCGUCGCAGAGACAAUUCAAAGCGAGUUCGUGAAAAA